UUCUUUAAUUAGUUUCUUUAUUGACGUUUGCUUUGCAGUUAAGAAGUUUUCUGUGAUAAUUUCAAUUUUUGUUUUUCGCAUUAUUUUUGGGUUAAUUUUCGUUUAACAAAUUUAAAAAAUAUUUAAAAAUUAUAAAUGUUAAAAUAAUAUGAUACCACGUCCGUUUGCAUACGAUUUGGAACGGAAGAGGCAAAUAGAUACAUUAAAAAUUUUCAAUGACAAUGUCACACAAAUAAAGGAAAAUGAAGAAUAUGCCAUUCAAUUCGAAUCUGGACAACGUCUAUUCACUUUGAGUGUUGUGCUCAGUCAACAGUUUCCAAAUGAAAAACCUCUUUUGACAAUAUUGCCACCAGUAAAGCAUUCAUACUGCAAUGCGGCAGGGGUUGUCCUUAACGCACCUGGAGUUUUAAAUUAUUCGCCACAUUCUGAUUUAGGUCGGGUUGUUCAAGCAAUUAUAAGAGAGUUUGAAAAAUUUCCUCCACCAUUAUGUGAUGGCAAUAAUGGUAAUAGCAAUACUGAUUCUUUAAGCGUCAGUAAAGAGCUGUCUCCACAGGAAAAUAUGAUUUAUCCUGCAGUCAACAAAAAUAUUUUUUGUGGUCAAAUUCCGUCUGAACUGACAAAAUUAUCGUUAAAUGAAUUAAAAAAAUUGGACAGCGACCCACAAUUUUUUGAUGACUUCAUAGAGGAAUUGAAUGUUGUCCGGAACUUAAACUAUGAUCUCGAUACUCUUAUUAAUCAAGUUGAACUCAUUGCAAAGGAAAAUACUUCGAAGGAAGAGCAUUUAAAUGAACUAAAAACAAAACUAUUCCAAGAUGUGAACACACUCAAGGAUUUGGGUGAAAAAUGUGAAAAACUAAACCAAAAGUACUUAAAAAAAUCAGAAGAAUAUGCACCGCAACAUAUUAAAGAACUCUUACAAAUUGCUGCAUCUAAUUCAGAUUCAGAAUGUGAAAGACAUGUUGAGUUGUUUUUGUCUGGUAAAAUUGAUGUGCAAACAUUUUUGAAUUCUUACUGCGAUUCCAAAAAGAUAAGUGCAAUGCGAAAGGCCAAAGAGGAAAGAUUAUCACAUCAAUUGAAUGCUCUUGAAAGGGCUGGACAUUAAAAUUACGUAAAUUACAUACAUAUAAAUUGGUCUUAAUUAACACAAACAUGAAUUUACUUUUAAUACAGAUGUAUUAAAUAUCACAAUAUAUCAUAUUUAUUUUAGAAUUACCAUAAUAUAAAAUUUCAAUGGUCAUUUCAAUUGUACCAAAAAAAAAAAACAAAAUACGAAAAACAAAAUUUUGCUUUAAUUGUUUUGAUCUUUUAAUUUAAUUCUUUUAAUGACUAAAAUAUUAUAAAUUAUGAUAUAAAUUGAAGAAAUCAAAGCUUUAAAAUAUAAAAUUUUUUAAUAUGUAUA